GUUCAACACGAAACAGCAGCCAGUUGAGGGCGAGUAACCAAGAGAAGCGGCCUUCGGUGUUACUACGUGUCUUAUAACUGUGAUUUUAACCGAUUUCUAAGUUUUAUACCUAUACUGGACUGUGGCUCGAAUUACCCGGAUUACAAUAAAGAUGUCUAAACAUGACAAAGACAACGUUAUUCCCGAUAUAAUCCACGAUGGAAAUACGGGAAAGAGCUAUAUUAAAGGUCGUUUCUUCGGAAAGGGUGGAUUUGCAAAAUGUUACGAGAUCAAGGAAUCGAAGUCUCAUCAUGUAUUUGCUGGAAAAAUUGUACCCAAAUCAAUACUGACAAAAGUCAAUCAGCGUGACAAAAUGACGCAGGAAAUACAUAUUCAUCAAAGUCUCACACACAGACAUAUCGUCGGGUUUCAUGGAUUCUUUGAAGAUAUCCAAAAUAUUUAUAUCAUAUUGGAACUUUGUCGUAAAAGGUCAAUGAUGGAGUUGCACAAAAGAAGGAAAGCUCUGACAGAGUGUGAAACACGCUAUUACAUGAAACAGAUCUUGGAUGGUGUCGCCUAUCUGCACAAGAAUAAAAUAAUACAUCGAGAUCUGAAACUAGGGAACCUUUUCCUAGACGACGAAUUACAAGUAAAAAUAGGUGACUUCGGAUUAGCUACAAAACUAGAACAUGAUGGAGAAAGGAAAAAAACUUUGUGCGGAACUCCAAAUUACAUAGCUCCAGAAAUUCUGAUGAAAUCUGGGCAUUCCUAUGAAGUUGACAUCUGGAGUAUCGGAUGUAUAAUGUACACUCUUCUUGUGGGAAAACCACCUUUCGAAACAUCAAGCCUCAGGGAAACAUAUGCUAGGAUAAAACAAGUGCAAUACAAAACUCCAGCUUUUCUAAGCAAAGCUGCAAUGAAUAUGAUUGCCAACAUGCUUCAAGGGAAUCCCACUAAACGGCCCAGUGUUAACAAACUGAUCAAAGAUGUAUUCUUCACAUCUGGAUUCUUGCCAACAAGUCUUCCAAUAUCUUGCCUCACAAUGGCACCUCGUAUGGAUGCAUUGGAAAUGCACAAUCAGCGUAAGCCGUUAACUGAAAUGAAUGGAAAUGGAUGUGGAGAUAUAAAUGAUGUCCUAUUCAGAGUUCCGCAAAGUCCUGCUCUCAAGGGUAAAGGUAUCGAAAUGAGUGAAGAAAAAAAAUUGGGUCUCGAUAUAAAGAAGAUGUUACUCACACUAAAAGAACAAUUAGCAACUGUACUCAAAACUAAGCCUGCCGUGGACCUCAUCGCUUUUGGAGAUGAGAUGACAGAUCCAGAUGCACAACCAUUUGUUUGGAUCAGUAAAUGGGUGGACUACUCAGACAAAUAUGGCUUUGGAUACCAAUUAUCUGACGAAGGAGUUGGUGUGAUGUACAACGACGGAACACGUCUGAUAAUGCUUGCGAACGGUUUCAAUGUUCAUUACAUAAAUCGUGAAGGAUCAGAAGAAUACCAUACAGUUAAGGACUAUCCGGGUCACCUGGACAAGAAGAUGAAGCUGUUGAACUAUUUUCAACGUUACAUGAAUGAACAUCUAAUGAAAGCUGGGGGAUCGGUGGCUGUUAAGCAAAGUGAUUCAAUGUCCAGGAUUCCCUACAUGCAUCAGUGGUUUAGAACGCAAAGCGCUGUAGUUAUGCAGCUGACUAAUGGAUCUGUACAAAUAAACUUCUUAGACCACACCAAGAUCAUAAUGUGUCCUUUGAUGGCUGCCGUCACAUACAUUGAUAGUGAGAAAAACUUCCGAACUUUCAGAUUCCAAACGAUUCAACAACAUGGUUGCACUUCUGGACUAGCAAAGAACUUAGCUUACGCUCAUGAAAAAGUUGGUUUUAUGCUGGUUACUCCGCAAUCACGAUAGUUUCAUAACUCAAUCUAGUACUGAUUAAAAUAAUUAAGCUAAUGAUUAACCAUAUUAUCAUCCAACGGACGAGUAAGCGACGCCACAUUCAAUGCAAGAAAUUUUAAUGUCUCUCAACUUUUUUGAAGACACUUUUUAUAAUUACUGCUAGCUAGGUAUCCAGACAACCUGUUGUUAAUUUUAAUUAUGUAUUAUUUUUUAUGGAUAGGUCUAUAGUAUUUUUCUAUAAGCUUUUUUUUAUGUGUCGAAAAGUGAGAAAAGUAGUAGGUAGAAGUUGAUAAAAAGAAAAACCAAGAAAGUGGAAGAAACUUUUGUGAUCAUUGAAUGAUAUUUCUAAGCACAAAACGAAUAACUAUUGAACUUUUAAGUGCGGAUGAAAUUAAUUAUAUGUGAUCCCACCUUAAUAAGAUAUAUACGUACACAUCAUGCAUUUUCAAAGCUGGAACUUAAUAUGAUUGUGCUUUCUGAGGACACAGAAUACUGGCACUUAGUAAGGUCAUUUAUUUCAAAAGUACAAUAAGCGUGCUACCUCAGAUUAUUAUUUAAAUUUUAACAAGUUCAAGCAGGCCAACAUUUCUGU